CCAUCGAGCUCACAAGCGCCCAGGAGAAGAUUUGAUAGCAGCUGAACGUAUAAGUCUAUCGAACAAACUAAGGUACUGUAAACUAUAAAGUUCUCACUGAAAAGUCCGAUUUGUUUGUAAACAGAAACACGUGUGACAAACCAUGAUGAAAGUGAAAGUAACCCUGAUGUCAGCCGUAGAGCCAGAGAUGCGACGAAUGUCUUUUGGAGACAAUCCUGACUUUGGUGAUUUGAAGAAGAAGGUUUCUGAGCUGUUUAACGAGACUGACACUGAAAUGCUGUUCCAAUGGAAAGAUAGCGAAGACGACAUGAUCACGAUGUCGAGUGAAGAGGAAUUCCAAGAAGCGCUGAAGAAUAUCAGCGACGGACUUCUGAGAAUCUUCAUCAAAAGAGUGAAUGAUUGUACCAACGGCUUGAAAGGAGGAAAUGCAGACCAUGAAAAUUCAGAUUUUCGUAUGAAUAUGGACAAUGACAUUGACGUUCGACCUAGAGUUUGGGAACGUCGCCUGGGUCGCGGAAAAGGGUGUGGUCUUGGUUGGAGAUCGUUUGAUGCAAGCCCCGCACGUCGGAGAGGUUGUUAUGAAAGGAAAGAGUGGAGGCGUAUGCGCCGCGCACUGAAAUUUACUGAAGGGUUUGAUAAACCUGAGCAUGGAUGCCGAAGGUUCCGAAGGAGGGACGCGAGAAAGCACGAAGAUCGUCGCGAUUUGAUGAGGUCUGAUGACGUAAUUCCCGAGGGAGGGAUGGAGGAGUGCCGCUGGACUGACCGUUCAGCCGGAUGUCGAAAGAUCCGUCGUUGUCAACGUCCGCUGGGUAUGUCAACUGAUGGAUGCCGCCGGUCACGAAUGAGAAAACGGGAAACUAUGUAUGAGAUGGCAAGAGGCAUGAAUCGCUGUAGACGAGCAAACUCUGCUCCCCCUGCGCGUUUUCAUGACGAAAACCAUACAAGGUGUGGAAGAAGAAUGCGUGGGAGGUUCGAACGGACAAGACGCUGUCGAUCUGCUUCACUUCCACCACUAGAAAGGUCGUCUGCAUUUCCUGCUGGGAGUUGCAAACGACGUUUUGGUUGUCCGAAAAGAUUCUUGAUUAAGUUAAAGGUCAAGAAUGUGAAAAAGCGUGGAUGUACUUCAGAUGAUGAAUCUGGCUGUAACAGAGAAAGGAAAUGUCUUGGAAGAAGAUGUAAAAGUUAUCGAAGGCGGGCAAUGAUGGAAGCUGAUAAAGUCAAGGAAAAUGUUGACGCUCCUAUCACCCCCGAGGAAGACAUGGAGCCUAGGAUGGAAACGUUGAGUCUUAAUGAUGACAGGAGUGACGAGGAUAUGCAGAAGGACCAGCAAGAUGGUACGGGAAAAAGAGAAAGAAGAUGCAACUGCAGAAAACAUACUUACCAGGAGGAUGGGGAAGAUGAAAACGACAGACCUGAGAGACGUAGAGGCAAGUGUCACCGGAAUUGCAAAAAUAAGUAUGAAAGGAAUGGCGAUGUGUCCCAGCCUCAAGAGAAUAACCAAGAAGAAGACAACAAUGAAGCUGAAUAUUCCGAUCAAAACCGCAGGGAGAGAAGGCGUCAGAUAAAGGAAUACCGUCGUGCUUUGCAAGAAGAGAGUAGCGCUGAAUGCAGCCACACAAGUGGUAAAGGAGACCGUGGCUACCACAAAUAUGUCACUCUGAAAGUCAACAUGGAUGGAAAUAUGAGACCUAAAAAGCUGGCUCGAAAAUUGUACAAGAUUUUCAAUCAGGACACCGCAAUGGAUGGCAAGACACCAAAUGAUCAAGAUAGAAAUCAUUACCACGAGGAUUGGUCAAGGAAAGAUUUUGAUUGGCCGAAGAUGCGGUACCAUGGAACGUGCCGCCGCCGCCAAGCACGCGGCUUUAGGAGAUGCCGCGCAAUGUCGCCAGAAUUUUCCCGCCGUGAUGUUGGCGGGUUUAGACUACGUGGCUGGUUUCGCAAGGACUGUCCUUGGUAAAGAAUAAGAAAGGCGAUAACAUUGUUUCAAGUUUGAACGAUUUAUGUUAUUUAUACCAGCUUUCUGAUUUAUAUUUACCUGUCUUUGCAAGUUUUUCUAGCUGUUAGUUUGUGCAUUUUUGAAUUGUGUACUUCAGUAAUUUCUUAGUAUAAUAUUGGUACUUAGUAUAUACAUGUAAUAUCUUGAUUUUAAAUGCAUACAAAUCACCAUUGAUGUACUAGGUAUAUAAUUAAACUUGCGUCUUUUUAGAACGAUUUUCAAAUCAUGGACAGGUUAAUUUUAGUAUAUAUAUGUUACUCGUAAAUGUAUCCUUUUAUUUAAUAUUACUUGAACUAUAUUGCUUGAUUGCAAUGAAAUGACUCUUAUUCGUGUUUGGUAAAGUAAAAUUA